AUCAGUCAGUACAUUGCAGACAGAUGUGAAGGUCGAUUAAAUCUUUUAUCUGUCAAUCUCUAGACUAACAUUCUUUUAGCGUAACGUCAUGUCCUGGAUCGUACACCUCCUGCUGCUAGGUAGCACGCUCAGCGUCUACCUAGGUGACGCAGGAGUGCUGUCCACAGAGCAGGUGGGGCAGUACUACCACCAGCGAGUGGGAAUACCGAUGGCGGAGGCGAUGCGUCGUGCGGAACUUUCUCGCAAUAACACCAAUAGAAUUACCAACGGAUCCCGUUCUCCACUUGGAGCAUUCCCCUUUGUGGGUGGUCUACUGAUCCAGCUAUCAUCGGGCCCGUUGUCGAUGUGCACUUGUUCAUUACUAAGCGCAACUCGUGCUGUGACCGCGGCGCACUGCGUGUGGGACGGCCAGGACCGCGGGCGCACAUUCACCGCGGUCUUCGGUUCCACUAAGAUAUUUCGCGGCGGCACCAGAGUCACCACAAAUGAGGCGCUCCGACACGAGGACUACAAACAACGCACGUUAAACAACGACAUUGCAUUACUAAUGCUCCCUACAGUUACCUUUAGUGCUAAAGUGGCCCCCAUCAGCUUACCUUCGGGAGCGCUACUACAACGUGACCUGGCGGGGUACGCUGCGCAGGCCAUCGGCUUUGGAAUCACCAAGGAUGGCGGUCACGUGACGAAUGACCAGUUCCUGAACAAUGUGACACUGAAGGUGAUCAGUAACGAUGUGUGCGGACGCACUUUCGUUGACAUCAACAAGUCAAAGCUGUGCACGAGUGGGGAGCGGGGCAGGAGCGUUUGCUUCGGGGAUUCCGGGGGACCCCUCGUCAUCAAACACGAGGGAAAGCACGUCUUGGUGGGGGUGUCCUCUUUUAUUUCGGGUCGCGGCUGUCAGGGUGGACUGCCGGCGGGCUUCGCGCGUGUCACAACCUUCGUCCCCUGGAUACAGUCGCACAUGUAGUGGUUUUACUACAACUAUAUCAAACUUGACUAAUACUUUUACCUAAUUAUGACAUGUCAUGUAAAUUGACUUAGGAAUUUGUUACAUUGAUAUUACUUUAACGUACUAAUACAAACACAUUUACUAAGGUUU